AUGGUUUUGAGAAUAAGCAAGCUGGAGCAGAACUUGUCAAGAACUUGGUUGAAACUCUUCCUUGCUCGACAGCAGUGUACAAAAGUGUGCGAAGAAAAAUUUGAUGUUGUAGUUAUUGGCGGCGGGCAUGCUGGAACCGAAGCUUGUGCCGCUGCAGCUAGGAUCGGUGCUAAAACUUUGCUCGUUACCCAUAAUAAGAAUACGGUUGGUGAAAUGUCCUGCAAUCCCUCGUUUGGAGGAAUCGGCAAAGGUCACCUGAUGCGAGAAGUCGAUGCGUUGGAUGGUCUUUGUUGUCGAAUCUGCGAUAUUUCAGGCGUUCAUUAUAAAGUCAUCAAUCACAGUAAAGGUCCAGCAGCUUGGGGUCUCAGAGCUCAAAUAGACAGAAGCUUAUACAAAAAACAUUUGCAGGCAGAAUUGUUUGGCAUGGAGAAGUUGAGCGUUUGGGAAUCGUCUGUCCAAGAUAUCGUGCUGGAUGAGAACGCAAACUGUAAAGGAGUUAUCCUCGAAGAUGGAUCAAAAGUCAGUAGCGACACGGUGGUCGUUACAACAGGAACUUUUUUGAAAGGACAAAUAAACAUUGGAUUAGAAAAACGUCCAGCAGGACGAAUGGGUGAGCGGCCAAGUGUAGCGCUGGCCGAAACAUUGGAGCGUCUGGGCUUCCGGAUGGGAAGAUUAAAAACUGGAACUCCUCCCCGCAUUGCUAAAAGUACAGUUGAUUAUUCACGCUGCCAGUUGCACUUGGCUGAUGAGGAUCCGGAGCCAUUUUCUUUCAUGAACGAGCGAGUUUGGAUCGAACCAAGCCAACAAUUGCCGUGUUACAUAACCCGGACGAACGAAGGGGUAGCGAAAAUAAUCAGAGAAAAUUUACACUGCAAUCGCCACGUUACUGAGGAAAUAACUGGCCCCCGAUAUUGUCCCAGUAUCGAAAGUAAAGUUCUGCGUUUCGGACUGGUCGAGCAUCAGGUGUGGCUCGAACCCGAAGGUUUUCACUCGGAUUUGAUAUAUCCGUCUGGUCUAUCGUGUACCUUACCGGAAGAUAAACAAAUCGAGCUCGUCAGGUGUAUUCCCGGUUUAGAAGAGGCUGAAAUCAUGAGGCCUGGAUACGGUGUCGAGUACGAUUUCAUAGACCCUCGAGAGCUGAACAAUGAGCUCGAAACUCACAAAGUCCCGGGUCUGUUUCUCGCGGGUCAGAUAAACGGGACGACCGGAUACGAAGAAGCGGCAGCGCAGGGGAUAAUUGCAGGAGCAAACGCGGCUGCGAAGGUACUGAAGAAACCUCCGCUGACGGUCGGUCGUACCGAAGGCUACAUCGGCGUGCUAAUCGAUGAUUUAACGUCGCGUGGUACUUCCGAGCCUUAUCGAAUGUUCACCAGUCGCUCAGAAUUCCGACUGAGUCUGCGACCCGACAACGCCGAUCUUCGACUCACGGAAAAAGGUUAUCGAACCGGUUGCGUUUCGGAAACGAGAAUAAACGAAACGCGAAAAAUGCGUUCCCGAUUGUACGAGGGCCUGGAACUCUUGAAGAGCGUUGAAAAAACACCUCAAGAAUGGAUGCACCUUAUCAAAUUGAGUAAAACGAAAAAUCGAGCACCUAAAAGUGCCUUCGAUCUACUCAAACUAACUAACGAUCAAUUUACUUUUGAUCACAUCGUCCAAGUACUACCUGAGGUCUUUGGACAUCUUGGUGGUGAUUCAAAACUGGCGAAAAGACUCAAGAUUGAGUCUGUCUACGAAAACUCCAUCAAGGACCAAAUGCAUCACGUUUCGGAAGUUAAACGUCACGAAAGCAUGACAAUCCCUCGGGACAUCGAUUAUACCAGUUUGAAUAUAUCGUUGGAGGAUAUCGAAAAAUUAAUGUCCUUUAAACCAUCCACGAUCGCUGCGGCUAAUAGAAUUCCGGGUGUGACUCCCGUCACGAUAAUGCGACUGGUUUAUUUCAUUCAACAGAACAUCGAGACCUCGAGCUUCAAUGUUUCGUGUAAUACGUAAAUAUUCCCACGAAUAUUUAUUCCAACUGUACAAAUUGUAGCAUAAAUAAACAAUUGUUGAUCACCAUGCUGAGAAAUUGGCCAACGAA